AUGAAAGACUCACCUAAGAGUCUCGAGGCGGCGGUCCGUCCUGAGUCCCCAUAUGACGACCCAAAAGACAUGCAGGGGGAGAUCAUUCACAACUCAGAUACUAAGCGAGGCUUGAGCUCGCGCCAUAUUCAAUUCUUGGCUCUAGGUGGUUGUAUAGGCACGGGUCUUUUUGUUGGCAGUGGCUCAGCGCUGGCGACAGUUGGUCCUGCUCCGUUGCUCAUGGGUUAUAUUGUCAUGUCAAGUAUUGUAUACUUUAUCAUGAACAUGCUUGGAGAAAUGACCACCUAUCUUCCCGUUCAAGGUGUUUCUGUGCCAUAUUUGAUUACUCGGUUUACGGAACCUAGUCUUGGAUUUGCUGUUGGAUACAACUACUGGUAUUCAUUUUCAAUGUUGAUAGCAUCAGAGGUCACUGCGUCAGGGAUGGUCAUUGAAUAUUGGCAGUCCCCAGUCAGCGUUGGUGUAUGGAUUGCGAUCAUUCUCGUUGUCAUUCUACUUCUAAACAUUGUCGCGGUGGCCUGGUAUGGCGAAGCCGAAUUCUGGUUCGCAUCACUCAAGAUCAUCGCGAUCGUCGGUCUGAUCAUCCUGGGUAUUGUACUUUUCUUCGGCGGUGGUCCAAACCAUGAUCGUCUCGGUUUCCGGUACUGGCAACGACCAGGCGCAUUUGUGGAACCUUACUUAGUCCCAAACAUCAACACAGGCCGCUUUCUAGCAUUCUGGACCGCUAUGAUCAAGUGCGGAUUCUCUUUCAUUUUCUCCCCGGAACUGAUCACCACUGCUGCCGGCGAGGCUGCCUCGCCACGCCGCAACAUCCCCAAGGCGGCAAAGCGGUUUAUCUACCGUUUAUUUGCAUUUUAUAUCUUGGGCGCAUUGGUCAUUGGUGUGAUAGUCGCAUACAAUGACAAGAACCUCCUGCAGGGUGUUGCGAGCGGCAGUUCUGGUGCUGGCGCCAGUCCAUUCGUUAUUGGCAUCCAGAAUGCUGGUAUCACUGGAUUGAACCACGUUAUCAAUGCUGUUGUUCUUAUCUCUGCCUUUUCCUCGGGUAAUUCUUGGGUCUUUGCUGGGUCUCGCACACUUUACUCGCUCGCGGGUGAGGGCCAGGCUCCCAAAAUCUUCCUUCGCUGCAACAAGAAUGGUGUCCCGUACAAUGCUGUGAUAGUCACUUGGAUGAUCGGUCUGCUGUCUUUCUUGAACCUAUCUACUUCGGGUUCAACCGUCUUUUAUUGGUUUACCAACAUCACGACAAUUGGAGGUUUCAUCUCUUGGGUCAUCGUGGCAGUGGCGUACUUGCGUUGGCGCAGCGCAUUGGACUUCCACGGGCUGCUCCCGUCCAGGCCCUUCAUUACCCCCAUCCAGCCAUACGGCGCUUACUAUGUUAUUGGCUUUAUUUCACUCCUGGCUAUUACCAAUGGCUAUACGGUAUUCUUCCCAGGCUCUUUCACUGCGUCGGACUUCCUUGUUUCCUACAUUGUCUUCGCGAUUUUCUUCGUGCUGUACUUUGGCCACAAAAUAUACUACAAGACGCCAUGGAUGACCAAGGUAUCAGAACUUGACAUUUUCACUGGCAAGGAUGAGAUCGACCGACUUGAAGAGGAGGAGGUAGAGCCGCAGCCACGCAACUGGCUAGAGCGAGUGUGGUGGUGGAUUGCAUAG